CUUCUUUGCGUUCUUCGCAGCGUCUGGGCGGGGUCGAUCGCCAAUCGCAUCGCCCGUGGGGUAGGCUUUUUGUGGGAAUUCCCGAUUUUCUUGCGGGAUUGUUUCCUUCUUUUCUCGUUGCUGGAUUUCUUUCCUAGAGCGGGGAGAGAGAGGAGGGAGAGCUAUGCACCCCAAAUGCGGUACUUGCCAAAGAGAUAGGGCUCCGGGGAAGAAGGGAAAGGGAUUGGAUGGCAGAGGUUCCAAUCCACAGUGGAGGCAGGGAUUCUCCGUGAAGUGAAUCGAGGAAAAAAUCCAAAAUUAAGAACUAGAGAGAGGGGUUACUUGCGAGAUGAUCCUUGUGACAAAGCGCCAUGGCAAAUCUUUCAAGGAGUCUCUCAAGUCACUCGAGGCGGACAUCCAACACGCCAACACAUUGGCAUCCGAAUUUCCAAGAGGAUACGAUGGCGCUUGCCUCCAGAUGAGGCUCUCUUACAGCCCCGCGGCGCAUUUCUUCCUCUUUCUCGUUCGCUGGACGGAUUGUAGCCUCGCCGGAGCUUUGGGCCUGAUAAGAAUUCUCAUCUACAAGGUUUAUGUGGAUGGCACAACCACCAUGUCCACGCACGAACGAAAAGCUAGCCUACGGGAGUUCUACGCGUAUAUUUAUCCUUCUUUGCAGCAGUUGCAAGGUGGGAUCACGGAAGUGGAGGCGAUCAAGCAGCGCGCGGCGUGCCUGGAGAAGUUUAAGAGAAAGGGCGACGAAGAACGGGGGCGGAUGAGCGAUUUGGACGUGGAGCGGGAGCAAGAGUGUGGGAUUUGCCUGGAGGCCAACAGCAAAAUCGCGCUGCCGGGAUGCAAUCACGCAAUGUGUAUACGAUGCUACAGAGAAUGCUUGAAGCGAGUGAAUUCGCGGGACUUGUGGGUUUUCACCGAUGUUUCCGACUCGCAGGACAUGGAGGAACUGUCGCGGGAGAAUUUGCAGCGGCUGUUCAUGUACAUUGACAAGCUGCCACUGCUCAUCACCGACAGCUUAUACACGAUCUACGACUCCCACAUCAAGUGAAAACCCCGAAUCCCAAGAGCAAAAGAUCAUACAUCAAAGUGAAACUCCAAAACCAAGAACAAAAGAUCAUAGGUCCGAUCGAUCGAUCCAGGCAUUCUUCAAUUCAUAGGCACACAAUUCAAGUUCCAUGCGCUGUAAAUUAAUAUAUGAGAAGUUAUACAGUGUU